UUUGUAAUACCUAAAUUAUUAACAGCUCCUGGUGAACGUGGACCCAAAGGUCAAGAUAAUUUCAAGUCGUACCCAGCCGUCGAUUGCAGUGUGCGAGAUACUGGCUGCAUUCGGUGCCCCGCAGGUUCCCCUGGUUUUCCCGGACCACCCGGCAAAGAAGGCCUUAAAGGUCCUCCAGGCCUACCAGGCAACCCUGGCUAUACACCGAAGAGAGGAGCUCCUGGUCCUCCUGGUCCGAGUGGAAACCAAGGACGUCCAGGUUUAAAAGGUGAUCCGGGUCACAGAGGACUACCAGGGAAGAAUGGGGUGAUACCAGUUCGAAGUAGAGGAAGCAAGGGACCUCGCGGGAAUCCUGGAAAACAAGGCAAACCGGGCAAACCGGGCGUUCGAGCACAGGAUGGUUUGCCUGGAGCCAUGGGUCCUACGGGAAAACCUGGUUAUGGUGGAGAAAGAGGAAAGCCAGGUCAGCCGGGAGUGCGAGGAGCAGCUGGACCACCAGGCCGCGAUGCUGCGUACUGCACAUGCCCAAAACGAACGAUGCUUUUCUUGAAAAAUUCAAAAACAUGA